AUGGAAAAAUUUUUGAUAUUUCUAGGGUGUCUUUUUUAUUAAAUAGAAUCAAUAACGACAAAAUGUGAAGAGAUUAAUUAGCAACCUUGGAUCAAUUGUUAUUAAUACAUUUAAAAUUGUUUGAGUUUACAAGGAGAUGAAGAAGAUUAUUCAAUGGUUCAAAAUAUUGAUCAUGAUGUUCUGCAAAAGUCCUUCUUAAUUCCUUACAAAAAAGAACCUAUUUUAACAAGAAUUAUAAAUAAUUUGGAUAACUAGAAAAUACAAGAAAAGUUCAUUUGUUCAUUAUUUCUUGAUUAUGAAUAUUAUAUCUCUUGUAUCAACUUUGACUUAGUUUUUUAUGAGGAAUUAGAUAAUUACAGAGAAGAACGGAAAUUUCAAACUAAAAUUUCAUCUCAAGAAAAUUGUUUUGAAAUGUUUGAAUCUAACAAUGGAAGUUUUAGAAUAUUUUGUCUUGGUUCAUUUACUCUAAAAUAAUAUUAAGUAAAUUUAUAAGGGAUUACAACUAUAAUUUAGGAACAUGAUGCUUCAGAUCAAAUAUCAGAUUUUUGUAAAAUAAAAUAAAAGGCAUGGAAUGAAAAUUAUUUAAUUUUAGUUUUUUAUCGGUGUUCUAAAUGGAAAGUCUUGAUGAUUCGAAACUAAGAUGUUAAAAUCAUAUUAGCUGCUUAAAUGGAAAACAAGGAAACCUAACUUUAAAGUUACUCCUUUAUUUAAGACGUUUCUUUUUGUGAAUUUCACGAAGUUUAUUAGAUUUUUUAUUUAGUAGAAAAUUUUGGGUAUUUAAAGUGUCAAAUUUAUGGUAAUUAAAGCACCUUAGAAUUUUUCUCAUUUAAAAAUCUUAAGCGAUUAUAACAAGUAUUACUUUAAAAGAGAUGUUAAAAUAUGAUUUUCAUCGAUUAAUUAGAAGAUAAUAGAACAAGAAUAUUUGGGUCUUAAAGUUUUGUUGGUAUUACUUUAGACUAAAAAUUUGAUAUUGACAAUAUUCACUAUAAAUCCGAUCUUAUCUUCUUACAGAACUAAUUUGAAUUAAAAAUUUUAAUUGAUACUUAGAUAAACCAAACAUAUCAGAUUUCCAACACAUCUUUACAUUUCUUUUAAUUUAAUAACUUCUUCUGCUAAUUUGAUAUAGAUAUUCAAGGUUUAUAAUUUUACAAAAUUAACCCAAUAAGUCCGUUCAUCAAGCCCAAAAAGUAGUAUAUAUUUUUUAUUUUAAAGGAUGAUUUAUUUAGACAAAGAGCUUUAAUAAAGUGUUAUAAAAUGAUAAAUUAAACAAUUGCUUUGAACUAAAAUUAACAUUUAGUUUAUAAGCUUAUAUUGCGAAAUGCUUGUUCAAAUAAUUUAUAAACAAGCUUGUCUACAAAGAGUUUCAAAGUUAUCUAAGAUCUUUCAUUUAAUUUAAAUAGUAAUGAAGGUAGUAUUAAAGUGAGUAUCAAAAAUAAUCAAGAAAUUUAAGAAUCUUGUUUUUAGAGGCUUUAUUAAGUUUACUUACAAGGAGACAUUGAGUUUAUUUCAAUGAAGUUGCCUCGCUAUAUAAGUUGUUAAAACAAAACAAAAAUGAUUAUUUAUGAUUGUUAAUAUAAUCAACUGAUUAUUUAACUAAACAGAGAUGAAUUUGAUGUACUAGAAUCGAAUGAAAACAUUUAUAUCUUUAACAAAACUUAAAAUCAUUUGCUAAGAGUAAUAAAAUUUCAUAAUAAUUCUAUAAAACAAUUUAAUUUGAAGUUUGAUGAUGUAAUAAUAGAGGCUUAGAAAAUUGCUUAAAACAUUUUUAUUUAUUUAAAAAAUUCUGAUUUGCCUCUUUUGAUAUUACAGAAUUUUGAAAUUAAUGGACACAACUAGUAUCUCAUAAAAUCUCUUUAUUAGAAUGAAUCUAUUUUUUUUUAUACUGAAACGAAUUUAUAUAAAGUUAUUCAAUAUCCAAAUCUUUUGGUUAUUGAAAAUUAAGGAAGCAUAAAAUGCUUUAAAUAUUUGGAAGGAGAAAUUAUUUUUAUUUCAUAAUUGCCAAAUGUUAAAGAUUGCUUGUUGUUCUUGACAGUCUAGUAUCACAGCAGAUCUUUAAUCCUAUCUUAGUUUAAUGAUUUUGAAAUACACCAUUUAUCAAAUUACAGUUUGUUGGACUAUUAAUUUUCAAAUCCACUUAGGUACGAAAGUAAAUUACAAAGGCUAGCUAUUUUAAUUAAAUAAAAUAAUUCGCUAUUUAUAGCUAUUCUAGAAUUUGAUUACACUUCAUUAAACAUGCGUGAGAUUAUUUCAACUGAUAAUCCAUUUUUUAAAUUGACUUCUUCUAAUCUAUUGUAUUCCAGCAAUAAAAAAUGGAGAUAUUUAUACUUUGAGCUUAUUUUUGUCGAUGUGUCAACAUAAACACCUUUCUAAGAUAAGUUAUCAUCAAACUAUUAGAUGUACUUAAAUCCAAUGUAGGGAGAAGAUGGAGGAAUUGAAGUAGCUCUUAGUAUUCAAAAUGCUUGCUAUGAGUUAUAAUCUCUUUAGAAUUUAUCGAUUAUUUAAAUUUAAAAGUAUCAAAUUAUUAGUUUAAAUAUUUCUGAUUUUUUCAAAGGACCUAUCAGUAGUUUGGAACUUUUCAACAAUUCAAACAUUAAAUUGAAUGGACCUUUUCAAUACACAAAGAAACUCAAAGAAUGUAAUCAAAUGUUCAAAUUCUGCAUUAAAAAAUAUCACUUUUAAUUUUUGCAAUAUCUUUCUUAAUUUAAAAUUGCCUUUUUGGAGAAUGAAAAGUUCGGAAUUAGUGAUUCAUUUUUAAAUAACGAAAUAAUAAGGAUAUUUUGGAUAAGAGAUAACUAUUUUCUUAGUAUUGCUCAUUUAGGAAACAAACUCUAUAUUUCGCUUAUUUAAUGUUCUGAAAAGGAGGAUGAAAUUUGUAAAUUAACAACAAAUGUAAAUGAGACUUUACAAAUAACACAAGUUGAAUAAUUAAAUAUUAUGAGAACUGGAAAUUUAAUUCAACUCUAUGCUUACACUUUUUUAUACAUUUAGGAUAUCAAUUUUGCAAUGGUGGAAAUUGAAUAAAUGAAUUUCGAUUUUUCAUAUAUUGAACAAUCAUAAGAUUAUUAUAUAUUUUUUGCGAGGAGUAAAAUAAACUAAAAUGAUUUAGAAAUUAAAAUUUACUAAAUCUAAUUAAAUCAGAAAAUUCUAAUCUAUUCGUCGAUUGUUGCAACUGAAUUUGAAACUGAAUUUACUACUAAAACAGAAAAUGCCUAUAAUUAUGAAUCUAAAAUUAAAUUAGGCCCAAGUAAAUAGAUUGGAGAUGAAAUUAUUGUUAAAUUUUUAGUUUUUAAUAAAAACGAAAAUUUAUCCUAUUUAUUUUUGUUAGAAAUACAAUUAAAAUAGAAAAUAGUGCAAUUCUAGUUUUAAAAUUAUAUAAGAAAUUUUAUCCCAACUGUCCCUCUUUAGUCGAACUUCAUUGUUGACUAUUUGGAUGAUGAUAUUUUAAUACUAAAAUAAGAUUUAGGUGAAUAAAUUAAGAUCUAUGAUCUCAGACAUCAGAGAGAAUUUUAUGAUUAUUUUCAUUAAUCAAAUAAUACAAUAUAAAUCCAAAGAAUUAAUACUACACAUUACAUUUUCGACACUCACGAUGGGAUAUCCUUAGGAACUAUUGGAUACGAAAUUCAAAUUGAAUAUUGGGGUGAAAGUAUAUACUAUUUUGACAUAUUUGCUUAAAAUGAAAUAUCAAAAAAUAAAGUUUCCUUUUAGAUACAUAUGCAAUAAAAUCAAAAUUAUUAAGUAAAUAUUAUGUUAAUUUAAUUAAUAUGUCUUUUUUUCCUAAUGUUUUAUCUUAAAAAUAAGAGAAGCAGGACUAGAAAAUGA